GUUCUUUGGUACUGCUUAUUAUCAUGAUGUUCAAGCAAGCUCUCACUUUGCUUCCUCUCUAUCUGGUGCUCUGCGCAGCCGCACCUGGUCCCAAAGCCGCAGAUCAGAACUUGGAUGCUCGAGUUUCAUGCACUCCUCCUGCCUACAUCUAUUGUUGCACCACGCUGACCUACGUAUAUAAUAGCUACGUCGGGAUUCACUGCAAUCCCUACAGCAAUUGUGCGAGCCCAGUCUGUUGCACUGGUACGUUUGACUAUACCCAAAACAGUAUCGGUGGCUGCGAAUACGUGUGAAAGGAUGGCGCGAGGGAUGGCGCAGGCUAGGAGGUUAUUCGACGACGUCGAUGUGCCUAUUCUUAUCUGUAUUGCCCGCAUAAGUCUCGAAUGUCAGUUUCACACGUUUUCGAGAGCACCGAAAAAAAGUCAAUUCAGUUCUCCCAUACUCCAUCUUAGCCUGGACUUGAACAGACGAUGAAGCGAAUCGAGACCUUUUCCAGACCUGCGACGGAGUAGUAAUUGUAUUGGCGAGGUGGUGAACGUAUGUAUUCCCGUUCCUGUCACCAAACUGAACAUUAGGCAGAAUGUAAACAUUACGAAAGCAGCCGCGCUGGCAGAGGCAACUUGACACAGAACCCGUACGGGGCACCCGACCCAAAAUGGGUAUAAAAGCGAUAUGUUGAACCGUCGGAGACUGUAUUGCUAGGCUUCCGGGUCCAUACUCAAACGGAGUGAGUGACAAAUGUAGAUUACAUCUGUGGCGAACGCAACAACAAAAU